UAUACUCCAGAUGAUCUUACUGUUAGAUUAACUUUGAUAAACUCCGGCUAAUCUCAACAGUCAAUUAUUAUUUUCUAUUUAAUUGAAAAUUUGCACUACAGGAAAAUGGACAUAUACAAGCGGUUUCCAAGUAGCGGGUUUCGCCCCCGCUGCCACAAAAAAUCCUCCGGCCCAAUAGAUACGAUUGAAGCAGCGGUUCAUCAAACCGCUCCAUAGCUGAUGGCGGGAACUCUGCGCGGGCCUUGUUCUUUUUUGGGUUUUGGGGAACUCACUCUGCCGAUCAGACCUCCUUGUCAAUUCGCUCAAGCCGCCGGACCUCUUGCUCGUCGGACCUCCCGCUCGCUAAACCUCUUGCUCGCCGGACCUCCCGAUCGCUGGCUGCACUUCCCGCUCAGUCCGCUGCCAGAACUCAGUCCGCCGCCAGUGACGAUCUCCGUUCGAUUUUGUGUAUUUAGCAGGAUUCCGCAACUCCGAUUCACCCUGGACCUGCAAUUACUCUGCAGCAAGGAUGCUGCAACUCCGAUUCAGCCUCGACCUGCAAUUACUCUGCAGCUAGCUGAAAUAAACACAGCUAAUGCAAGCCAACUAAAGACACAUCACACAUCGGGAAGAAAGAGCUUUGCUGUUGUGACUGAUGAAACUGAAAAGGCCACUGGAAAAGUGCCAGAUCGCUUGGAAUUGUUUAGGCUGACCCAUAAGAGACCCAAUGAGCACGUACAGGCGAUAUUGGAAAAAGCAGAUACUCUUAUAUCUCAGGGCAUAACUAACGGUGAGCAGGUGUUUCGGGAAGUGUUUUCUAAAGAGCAUGGAGGGCGUGUUCGAGGUGCUGGAUUUGGUCCAACUCCAACAAUCUUUUAUGGACCUUCGUUUCCUGGAUGUGCUGACUCUACAACUUCUGAUAUGAGUACUGGUUCAUCCACCGAUCAUAGAGUGCUUUCUUUAGAGAGGAAGGUAGAGGAAUUGCAGAAACAAGUUGCUGCUUUCACAGAUAGGAGGCCAGAAAGCUCUGCUAGUGUGGAUGUUGUUAACAUUGAGGUUGGAAAUCAUGGUUCUAGCUAGAAUGAGUUCAUCGACUGAUAGCCUUAAUGCCACAACUUAGAGAAUCAUGCCGUGCAGUCAUAAUGUCGGUCGCUUCAGUAGUAGAUAUUUUGAGAUGAAGUUUUAGAUCAUUUUGUGUUUCGGGUUCAAACCGUACAUCAACAUAUGGCUACUUGGAUAUUUUAGGAAUUGUUACAAGGGUACAGAAUCUUUUGGAACUUAUAUAUUUUGAAAAUUCUAUACAUCAUCUAUAUAUAUAUAUUAUAGUUUGGUUCAACAUUAUAGAAAUAUUAUGUGUUGUGAUUGUUUACAGGUGUAUAAUCUACUUUAAAGUAUGUUUUCUGGUUAAUUUGUUGUGUGUGAUUGCUCUGAACCAAUUAUAUGUAUAUCAAGCUGAAUAAACCCCUGCAAGCAAGCAUGAUAAUUAAAUUUGGGCCCAAAAAAAUAGUGUAGCGGUUUAACCGCUGCAGGAAGUCGCAGCAAGAAACCCACCAAAGAAGUCUUCGCGCCAAAGAAGCAGCAGCGGUUUUAACCGAAGCAGAACCCGCCACGAAAUCCUCAUGAUCCCCCGACGUCGGGACCCCAAAGAAGCGGCCAGAACCGCUGCAUAAAACGGCUGCAGACCUUACCCCGGCGGCUACUCAAACCGCAGCAGACACUUUGUUGACGGCCGUUACAUCAGCGGCUCUGUUGCGGUUAUGCCCACCGCUGCAAAAUCAUUCCUAGCGGUGAUAACCGCUGCCUAAGAUUAAAAUAACCGCUGCUGUAUUCAUUUUUUCCUGUAGUGUUGGGUUUGAGUUUAGACAAUCGUGGUCUGGGAUUCAUCAAUUAGAAAUUAGGGUAUAAUAUCAUACCCCGAACUCGAUUUAAUUCAUGGUUUAGAUAGAGAUAUCUCACAAGGAGUACCUGGAGACUGGAGUAUAGUGUAGUCCAUGAGUACACCGGUCUGACCCAUAUAUAUAUAUAUAUAUAUAUAUAUAUUACUUUGGAAAAUGAGUUUUUUUACAACUUAUAGCAAAUGUCAAACUCUCUAAUUUCCAAAAAAAAAGUUAGCAAUUGCAAAACCAACGUUGGCUGGAAAACAUCAUUGGAGAUACGGAAAUCAGGCCUCGCUGUAAGAAUCUGGAGUCCAAAACCAGGCCAGCCUAUGGGUCUAGCCUGUACAUGGGCGCUGGGCAGUGCUUGGGCCGGCACGGCACAGGCACGCUUUGGGCCCAUUUAUUUCGUGCGGUGUUUGACACGAUCCGUCAGUUUUCGUGUCGUGCCAUACAAGUCCAUUUGCUAACUUUAAUAGGUCCGCCCCGGGCACGGUUCGAAUCGUGUCAUGCUUAUUCUUGCUCGUGUCAUGCUCGUAUUCGUGUUUAAUGAAAAGGACGGAAACAAAAGAGAAUGAAAAAGAAGGUGAAAAUUGGACGGGGGAAGAUAGUAUUAACCGAUAAUGUUUGUGAAAAGUAACAAAUAAGGAGGAAAAGAAAAUAGUUAGUAUAGCGAGUGUGAUUUGACUUUGUUUAAUUCUUUGUCCAUUUUUACUUAUGUUAGUAAUUACGUAUAUAUCUUUAUGACACUUCUAACAAGAACAAAUAAUUAUUUUUAUACUUGUGUUUUGUAAUAUUUGAACCUAUAAUUCUUUUUAUAUUUAUUUUCUAUCAAAUAAAUAUUAGUGUCAUUUCUGCUCUUAUACUCAAUAAAGUCUCGAAAAUAUUAGGCCUGACACGGCCCAUUUAUAUACCGUGUCGUAUCCGUGCUCGUGCAUGUGCCCAUGAAGUUUAGACCCGACAUGACCCAUAAAUUAUUCGUGCUCGUGCCGGGCUGACCCAUUUAUUUUGUGUCCGUGCUCGUGUCGUGCUCUAACCAUGUCGUGCCAUACUAGUACGUGGGCGGCACGACCCGUUGCCUACAAACAGUCUAGCUUGGUGUCGGCCGCCUAAUUCUUGCAACCCGGCAGAGUUUGAGAAAUUGAAAUGGUAGUAUAUGGUAUGAGUUUGGGGUUAACGGGUUAAAUUAGGGUUUAGGGUUAUAUUAUUGUAGAAAACUAUUGUUAUAAAAAUUCUUCACGUAUACUAUAUCUUACAAAACAAGUAAUAUGUAAGAUCACGAAAAUUAUACAAACACAUGUAAUCGUCCUAACCGACAUAAGUCAUUGUAUCUUCUUAAGGAAUCUUAUUCCCCUCUAGUACACAAGGUUACAGAAUGAUUCCUCCCAGGACAAAAUGACGUACCUUUCUGGCGUAGCGAUAACUCAAACCCCGGAAACCAGCGUACGCAGCAAGAUGGCGAGAACAAUGCAAAAAUAUCAAUGUAGAUUUUGCAAGAGUUUUAGCUAGGAAAAAACGCAUGUCAAAACCAGAGGGGAUAGGUGCUAUUGAUAGAGAAUGAAGGGGUCUGUGCAAAGGGAGGAGACUCUUCGUAUGGGUCGUCACACCCCAAUCAUUGCAAGGGUUCAUUUAAAAUAUUUUAACCAUUGCAUCGGUUUGGCUCGUGGAAGUUAGGCCGGUUUAGUUAUUCCAAUCCUCACAUCAAUUCGGAUUGAUUUGGUUCAACUUGAUUCGGUUUGGACCGGUUGGUGACAUAAACAAUAUGACCGAUUACCAACAUAUACAUCAAAUCGACCAAAUUUGAGAUCGCCUUAACGCAUCUUACUAAUUUAGUAUUUCAAGAGCUUCUCAUGACUUUUUCCUCUUUCAUUCCAUUCACGCCAUUCAAAAUCUCAACAACUAUUUACUCAUUAACAUAAUUGCAGGAAUUUAUUUAUUCUUUACGAAGAUUAACAAAUUUAUUCAAAUUUUGACUUAAAUAUGACUGUCCACUAAUUUAUGCAAUUAAACUGCAAGUUAUGAACAUGCAUCUAUUUCCCCUCCCAAAUCCUAAGUCCUUCUUUCUCCACUCCUGCAACCUUCUACCUCGAACCAUCCAAUCCUACUACAACAUCAUCUUAGAGACCUAAUCAUUCCAACCUUCACUAACAAAAUUCAUUCACCUCACCAAAAGGCUCCUUGUAGUCCCAAGAAAUCCAUUAUUUCGACCAUUAGAGCAACCGAAAAGUUUGAUAAAAGCAUUGGCACUAUAUAUGAUUUCUUCACUUGGGGAUCUCACAAUCAUAAAGAACCAGAUGAAUG